AUGGCACCCUCGCAAAAGGUUGCCCAGCGGCUCGCACAAGCCGAAUCGGCCCCCGGCGACAGGACGAGCGCUUACGACGCCAUCAUCGCCGAUAUCAAGUCCCUCUCCUCUCCCCCCACAGCCGCCGAUGACUUCAACGCCAUUCUCGACGCCUUCUUCGCCGCCUCUCUAGGCAUCGUUUCGACCCGUGCCGUGCUGGCCAACUUCGUUUCCGCCCUUCGCGACCUCAAGAAUGACGACCUCUGGAUCGCCGUUGGCAAUCACACCCUAUCGCAGCUCGCAACCCAGCCGUCCUCCUUCCUAGACCAAGUCGCCUCGGUUCGCGAGCUCGUCGCAGAGGCCCACGAGAACAACGAGGACUUCCUCGACGCUGCUAAGGCCCUCGCCGAAAUUCCCCUCGACAGCUCCCAGCGGAAAGUCACAAACGACGACAAGGCCCGCGUCUGGGUCCGCAUCGCCCGCAACUAUCUCGAGGUCGACGACACCACCGCCGCCGAGACGUACGUCAAUAAGCUCAAGAAUAUAAUGCACACUGUCCAGGACCGCGACCUCGACCUACAUUUCAAGCUCUCGCAGGCCCGCAUCCUCGAUUCCAAGCGCGACUUCCUCGGUGCCAGUGGAAGAUACCACGAAAUCAGCCUGAGCCCGGCCAUCGCCGAGGAGGAACGUCUGCAUACUCUUAGCAUGGCGGUCAAGUGCGCCAUUCUCGCCCCUGCGGGCCCGAUGCGAAGCCGUGCGUUGGGCAAGCUGUACAAGGACGAGCGGUCUGCAGGCCUGGACGAGUUCGGUAUGCUGGAGAAGAUGUUCUUUGACAGGCUGCUCGCGCCCGAGGAGGUGGAGAAGUUUGCACAGGGUCUGCAACCCCACCAGCUCGCGACGACAGCUGACGGGUCCACGGUGCUGGCCAAGGCCGUGGUAGAGCACAACCUUCUUGGCGCCUCGCGGCUGUACCGGAACAUCGGCUUCGAGGCCCUCGGCUCCCUGCUCGGACUGGACGGAGAGAAGGCGGAGGAGACCACGGCGCGGAUGAUUGAGCAAGGGCGGUUGUUGGGCCGCAUCGACCAGCUCGAGGAGGUGAUUUGGUUCGAGGGCGGUGAGGCGUCGGGCCAGAAGGGCAGCGGACGGGCCGAGGUCACGGUGGGCAAGGAGAUGAGGCAGUGGGAUGCGAAUGUGCAGAGCAUGGCCGAGGAGGUCGAGAACGUGACCAACGCCCUGCAGAAGCAGUUCCCCGAAUUCGUGGAGGCCAACCUGGUUGUAUGA